AUGGGUGCCCUCAAGUACGUGGAAGAGAUCCAGAAGAAGAAGCAGUCCGACGUGAUUCGCUUCCUGCUGCGUGUCCGUUGCUGGGAGCUCCGUCAACUGAACGCUAUCCACCGUGCUUCCCGCCCCUCUCGCCCCGACAAGGCUCGUCGUCUCGGCUACAAGGCCAAGCAGGGCUAUGUUGUCUACCGUAUCCGUGUGAGACGCGGUGGUCGUAAGAGACCCGCUCCUAAGGGUGCCACCUACGGCAAGCCCACCAACAUGGGUAUCAACCAGCUCAAGUACCAGCGCGCUCUCCGUGCUACCGCUGAGGAGCGUGUUGGCCGUCGCUGCGCCAACCUGCGUGUCCUGAACUCCUACUGGAUCAACCAGGACUCCACCUACAAGUACUUCGAGGUCAUCCUCGUCGACCCCCAGCACAAGGCCAUCCGCCGCGAUGCUCGCAUCAACUGGAUCUGCAACGCGGUCCACAAGCACCGCGAGGCCCGUGGUCUUACCGCCACCGGCAAGAAGUCCCGUGGUAUCAACAAGGGCCACCGCUACAACAACACCCGCUCUGGUCGCCGCCACACCUGGAAGCGCCAGAACACCCAGAGCUACUGGCGUUACCGUUAA